AUGGCCAACAAACGUAAGAAAACAAACACACACAGCUUUCAGUAAGCAGAAUAAGAGCUGACAGAGAGCCGGUCAGAGAGCAGCUGAGGAUUUACUUCCUCCUCUCUGUGAAGCAGGUGUAAAUGUAGACUGAAUGAGUGGUGAGCAUGUCUUUCAUUCUGUGGACAGACAGACAGACUUGGAUCCAGCUAAAUGAGACCCCCACGCUGAUUGAAUGUUGUUUAGUUCAUUCUAAACAGUCCAAAUCGUCCAGUAAGAAAAGAUCGAUGCAGAGUUAUUAAUUGCAUUUUGCACUUGCUAUAAGGAUAAGAAUCAGAGUUAAGUGAAGGUUAUACCGUGCUGGGAAAAUGACUUCAUAGGUGCAGCAGCAUAAGUAUGAGUGGCUCUUGUUUACCCAACCAGAGACCUGCUCAAGUUUACAAUUGAAUAAGACCUUUAUAAAAGCUGCUUCAACUGUGUCUGUGGAUGACUAAUGCAUGCAAUUGUUUGUCCGUGUUCAUGUGUGAGAUUAUUGAAUGUUUGUUAAUCAGAUGAUGAUCAUCAUCAGUAGGAGCAAAGAGGCUCCUUUCACGCUGAAGUGGUCGAAUAUGGAAUAUCAUACUGUGACUCAUCGUAUAAUUAUUCCUUCAUUUAUUAUUCAUUCAGAAAUGUGCAUUAUUAAAAGCAGUUCAUAAAUUCAGACAUCUUUGACUUUAAAUGUCCUCAUCUAUGGUAAGGAAAGGGACUGAAUAAAAAAAAGACAGCCUAGGAUGCCCUGCAUUUAAAUUUCAGGCAAGUAAAGCUGUAUGCUAACACUGUUGUGGUUAGGAAAUGUUUCAUUGUUUUAUUUAUUUAUAUCUCUAAAUUAUCUGCAAGGCCUCUUUGUCAUGCUGUGUUUUACUUCUCUCAUCUUCAACAACUGUGAAAUUAAAAUGUUUGAUUGUUAUUCAUAUACAGCCAUCAGGAUGACUAAUGUUUGUCUUAGUGUUACUGCCAGCAGUUCUUAUGAAGUGAUGCUAGAAGGACAACACAACAAAGAGCAUAGAAAGAUCUCUGAGUAGAUGCUGCAGAAUAAAAACUCCUGAGGACACUAAUCCCAAGAAUAACCAUCAACUGAAGAGUGAAAGGCUGGUUUAGAGAAAAUCCAAGCUGAAUAUUUUCCUUUUGUCGAUCAGACCUUCAGUUUCUCUUUGUGUAUCUUCACGUUUAGUUGUGGAGCUGGUUUAUUGGCGGCAUGUGAGGAGGACCGGUGUGGUGUUCACGGGGCUGGUGAUCAGUCUGGCUAGUGUGUUCCAGCUCAGUGUCAUCACCGUGCUCUCACACAUCUGUCUGGGUGCCAUGUGUAUCACCUUCCCUCUCCGCCUCUAUUAUAAACUGCUGGAGCUGCUGCGUUGGAACCCCGGGGUCCAUCCCUUUGAGUGAGUCUGCCAACAGUAAAAAUCAGAAAUCAUGACUGUUGUUUUUUCAAAUAAACAGGUGCCACUGACAGAUGUGAGAAGUUCUUUGGUUAUGCUCAGGGCCUGUACUGUACGUGUGUCUCUGUCUGCAGGUCGUACCUGGAAAAUGACAGCUCUUUGACGGAUAAGGACACAGUGAUGCUGGUGGAGGAGGUGGUGCUGCUAAUUGCAUUCGCCAUCACAGAAAUCAAACGUCUACUUUUCAUCGAGAACAUGAUCGACUCAAUUAAGGUCUGAUUGUUAUAAUGAAAUGAUGGCAGAUACAACAGAAUAUGAAUAUCAGCUGUUUUAGCAGCUUCAUACUACCAUCACCGUUUUGGUAUUUAUAGUUUCCAGUUGAUUCUUAAAAACAAACCCUGAGAUCAGCCAGAAGCUGCAUGGUGUGGAUGUUCAUUUAUAAUGCAAUCAAGAAUUGAUGAGAGAGACUUUGUAAACUUACUGCAUGUGCUCUUUCUUUUAGUUUGUUAUACUCCUGUAUCUGCUGACUUAUGUGGGUGUCUUGACCAAUGGGCUGACUCUGGUGAUAACUGGUAAGUUCUGUUUUAAAGAAAUCCUCUGUUUUCUCAGUCUGACGUCUCUAACAGAGAAAUUUAGUCUCAUGUCCUGCUACAAUACUGAUAAAAGUUUGUGACUUUAGACUUCAUUUUAAAGCCACUACUGUCCGAAUCCAACCAUGUAACUUGGCUUCCUCUGUCAGUGUCCGUUCACUCACUCAUGUUGCUCUUUUGUUGAAAAUCAAACAUGUAUUUAAUUGAAAGAUUUAACCCCAUAGACUGAUGCUUCUAAAUCAAAUAAACUGUUUCCUUCUUGUCUUUGUCAACAGCUGUGAUUGCACUUUUCUCCAUUCCUCUGUUAUACAAAAAGCAAAAGGUAAGAGAUUUUAUUUUUAAUUUGACUCAACUUUUUGAUAACAGCAAUACUACUCAAGCAGAAAAAAGAUAGAUAUCACACAUGUGUGUAAAAACAAAUCAUGUUCUGUGGCUCUUCUCUGUGACUUUAGUGCCCCCUGUGGAAAAGCACCUCCUGUGACCGUACCACUACCUUUGCUGUUGUUGUUUUUUUCCUUGCAUAUAUUGUUUGAAACAAAAAGAAAUCACAGCAGCCUUGUUUUAACACUUAUAGGUAUUAAUUAUGGUAAAUAUUUGACAUAAAAGUGGUGAAAUUGACUGUUAUGGUAGUGUGCAGUGAAGACAUUUCAAGUCUAAGAAAUCAUAAACAUUGUCACUGAUGGUCUCGAUUUUUUGUUGAUUAUAAAGAGGCAUCAAUAUUGAUUGUAGUUUGUGUUUUUACCUUCUGCAGGGAGUUUCAAAAUUCAAAAACUCUUUUCUGUGUGAAACCAACAAAUUGUAGAGCUCCUUUGAAAAAGCUAACCUUGUGUCUUUUUUGUCACAGCUGCGGAUAAGGAGGAUGGUGAGAGCUGUUAAAAACUUUGGAAAAAGAAUCAAAACCAUGUGAGUAAUCUGCUCUUUAUAUAACAUUGAAUACAGGUGCUCUUAACGUCUCGUUUGCAACACAUUUACCAAUAAUAAUGCUUUCUUUUUGUCUUUCUACAUUAUGACUAAUUUGAUGCAGGGUCUUGGGUCUGAUUGAGUCAGUAAGACCUUCUCCUGCCCCUGAACCUGCUGCCAAACCUGGGCUAGCAGCUUCUGCUGCACAAGCUGCUGCACCUGCAGCCAAACAGAAAGCCAAGACCAAAUAA